AUGGCGCAGAUCAAUGGGGAAAAGGAGCUCUCGAAAGGUUCGUCCGCCCUGUCCGUUGUGUCACACGAGCGCCAGGCUCCCGAAUCUUCGCAAGAACUAGUGAACGGAAACGCAGUGGAGGAGGAUCCCAAUGCAGGUGGUCUCUUCCAGAUCUCCGUGAAGCUUCCUCAUGAGCCACACAAGAUCCAGGUCAUGGUGGCGAGCCAAGAGCAAGUCCAGGAUGUCCGCCAAUCGAUCGUCGAGCUGCCCGGCACCUUCCAAUACACAUGCUUCCAUCUGGAAUUCAACGGCAACCGCAUCAAUGACUUCGUCGAGUUGUCCGAAGUGCCGGAUCUAAAGGCCGACUCAGAGAUCGUGCUGGUGGAGGAUCCCUAUACCGAGAAGGAGGCCCGGAUGCACGUCGUUCGCACGAGGGAACUGCUCGGUGCCGCUGGGGACCGUGUGGACAACCUCCACGGUAUUUCAGCGGGUCUGUCGCUGCACGAUGCCAUCUCGGCGGAGGCGGCUACUGCCGGUGCAUCGGAGAAGGACCACACGCUCUCCAACUACGACCUGACGGGCGCCUCAUCCCUGCAGACCAUUCUUCCAAAGCCGCAGGAUCCCCUGCCUAAAACGGUGAAGUCAAUCUCGCUCUCGCCGUGGAAUCCGCCUCCGUACCAUCUGCGUCAGAAGGGCCACCUGCUCUAUUUCCAGGUCACCACCAACGAAGGGGAGCAGUUCCAGAUCACAUCCCAUGUGUCGGGCUUCUUUGUGAACAAGUGCUCGAACCACAAAUUCGACCCAUUCCCGCGGGCUAUGCCCAAGAAGGAGGGCAGUGCGCACUCGCUCCUCACUUUGAUCUCUCAACUCUCGCCCUCGUUUAGCUCUGCCUUUGAAGCUCUGCAGGAGUACAACAAUCAGAAGGAUCUCCUGACGACUUUCCCCUUCCAGAAUGCCAUUCCUAACAGCCCAUGGCUCGUCUCACCAACCUCUUCGAGCCUGAACGCGCACCAGCCUGAUAUCACCCGGUCACAGGAGAGCUAUCUGGUCUCUGGCGUUGAUAACGCUGAGACGCUGCGAGACUGGAACGAGGAAUUCCAGACGACCCGCGAGCUGCCCCGCGACACCGUUCACGACCGCGUGUUCCGGGAACGUUUGACCUCCAAGCUCUUUGCUGAUUAUAAUGAGGCUGCCGCCCGCGGUGCCGUGCUGGUCGCGCGGGGCGAGGUUGCGCCUCUGAACCCGACCGAGGCACGCGACGCCCAGAUCUUUGUGUACAACAACAUCUUCUAUUCUUUCGGUGCUGACGGUGUUGGCACUUUCACCUCCGAGGGCGGCGACGAGGCCGCGCGUGUGGCCGUUGGAAAGGACGUCCUGGGUAUCAAGGCAGUGAACCAGCUCGAUAUCGAAGGGCUGUUCACGCCCGGUACCGUGGUGGUUGAUUAUCUAGGCAAGCGCAUUGUUGGCCAGAGCAUUGUCCCUGGUAUCUUCAAGCAGCGCGAGCCUGGCGAGCACCAGAUCGAUUACGGCGGUGUUGAGGGCAAGGACGUUGUUGCCACCCACGCCGACUUUGUGCCGGUCUUUGAGAAGUUGUCGAAGGCGCUCCGUAUCAAGAGUCACCCGGUCUGGGAUAAGGAUAACGAGCGUCACGAUCUGGAAGGUAGUGUCGAGACCAAGGGUCUCCUGGGUACCGAUGGACGGAAGUACGUCCUUGACCUGUACCGCGUGGCGCCCUUGGAUGCCGUGUGGCAGGAAGAGGAUGGCAGCGAGGCCUAUCCUCACCGCAUGUCUGUUCUGCGAUUGGAACUGGUUGAGGCGUACUGGAGACACAAGAUGAGCCAGUACGUCAAGGCCGAGGUUGAACGCCGCCGGAGUGAGAAGGCCCAGGAGAAAGAGGGCAAGCCUGAGGAGGACUCGGAAGAGAAGAAGAACGAGGAGGCUGCGGAGCAGGAGAAAGUCGAUAUCUCUGGGUUCAACCUCGCCCUCAACCCCGACGUUUACAGUGGCCAGGUCCCCCAGACUCCGGAUGAAAAAGAGCAGUGGGCCCAGGACGAGAAGGACGUGCGAGAGGCCUGUGAUCACCUGCGGUCCAAGGUCAUCCCUGAUCUGGUCCAAGACCUUCACGACGGCGAUGUGGGCUUCCCCAUGGACGGCCAGUCCUUGACUCAGCUGCUGCACAAGCGUGGUAUCAACGUCCGCUACCUCGGCAAGCUGGCUCAGAUGUCUGCUGAGAAGGGCCCUCGUCUGCAGGCCUUGUCGACUCUGCUGGUUCAGGAGAUGGUUGCUCGUGCCUUCAAGCACGUUGCCAACAAGUAUCUCCGCAAUCUUCCCGACACGUUUGUGGCGCCCUGCCUUGCCCACCUGCUGAACUGUCUGCUGGGCACCGAUGUUAACGCUGCCCCUCGCCCGGAAAUUGACAACUCCUUGAAGAAGAUCUUCCCCGAGGCUGAUUUCUCUUUCGAGAAGGUCACCCCGGAGUCGCUCCGCGCUGAGAUCGAGAAGCAGGUCACCAUCCGGUACCGCUUCUCCCUGGAGAACGGAUGGGCCAAUUCGCUCCGACACCUCCAGCUCCUGCGUGAUAUUUCCCUCAAGCUUGGUAUCCAGCUGGGUGCCCGUGACUUUGCUUUCACCAAGGCUCAGGUGAAGGAACAGGCUCCUACCGUCAAUAACGCCAACGGAAACGGCACUGACGACAGCAAGAAGAAGAAAAAGAAGGGUGGCGACACUAGCUCUCCGAACCGUGCUGCCGUGGAUAACAAGCCUACAGUGACCUUCACCUCUGACGACAUUCUCAACGUCGUGCCCCUGGUCAAGGACGCUUCUCCCCGGAGUGCUUUGGCGGAGGAGGCACUGGAAGCAGGUCGGAUCUCGCUCAUGCAAAACCAGAAGCAGCUGGGCCAGGAGCUCAUUCUGGAAUCUCUGUCGCUGCACGAGCAGAUCUAUGGUAUCCUCCACCCAGAGGUUGCCAAGCUGUACCACCAGCUCUCCAUGCUUUACUACCAGACCGACGAGAAGGAGGCAGCCGUGGAGCUGGCUCGCAAGGCGGUCAUUGUCACCGAGCGCACACUGGGUGUGGACUCGGCCGAUACCAUUCUCGCCUACCUGAACCUGAGUCUGUUCGAGCAUGCUUCGGGUAACACCCAGACUGCCCUGGUGUACAUCAAGCACGCCAUGGAUCUGUGGAAGAUCAUCUACGGUGCCAGCCACCCUGACUCCAUCACGACCAUGAACAACGCGGCCGUGAUGCUGCAACAUCUCAAGCAGUACUCCGAUUCCCGCAAGUGGUUCGAGGCAUCGCUGUCUGUCUGCGAAGACCUCUUUGGCAAGCAGUCCAUCAACACCGCCACUAUCCUCUUCCAGUUGGCACAAGCUCUGGCCCUAGAUCAGGACUCCAAGGCGGCCGUCGGCAAGAUGCGCGACGCGUACAACAUCUUCCUUGCCCAGCUAGGCCCCAACGAUCGCAAUACCAAGGAGGCCGAAACCUGGCUUGAGCAGCUUACGCAGAACGCCGUCUCCAUCGCCAAACACGCCAAGGACAUCCAGGCUCGCCGCCUGCGCCGUAUCAACAUGAACCCCCGCGUCUCUUCCAUGGGCACCCGUGUCCAGCCUCAGGUCGGCCAGACCGCGCCCGAGACUGCCGGCACCGCCGAUGCCGCCGGGACCAGCUGGGACUCGCGCAGCGUCGACGAGCUGCUGAAGUUCAUUGAGGGCGGUGACACCGGCUCCUCACGCUCGAAGCAGACGAAGCGCGCUGCUACGAGCAACCCCAAGCUCCGAGGAAAGCAGAAGCAGACUCCCAAGGCAUGA